GGGAGGGAGUUGCUCUCUUGCCUGGCCGCUGCACCAUGAGCGGCGGAUGCGCCUGGCGGUGGGGCUAGGAUGCCGUUUGUGCAGCUGGGGAAAAUCGUGGCAGAAAAUGGAUGUGUCGAGUGUGAGUGAGGUAAAUGGUCAUCAGAUGGUGGAUGAACCUAUGGUGGCAGAUGACACCUAUUCACAUUGUGAUGAAGGAAGAUUCAAGGAGAUUCCAAUCACACACCAUGUGAAGGAAGGGUGUGAGAGGGCUGAUCCCACACAGUUUGAGUUGUUGAAGGUCCUUGGUCAGGGAUCUUUUGGAAAGGUGUUUUUGGUUAGAAAGGCGGUUGGCCCUGAUGCUGGACAAUUGUAUGCAAUGAAAGUACUGAAGAAAGCUACCCUAAAAGUUCGGGAUCGUGUUCGUACAAAAAUGGAACGAGAUAUUCUAGUGGAAGUAAAUCAUCCAUUUAUAGUUAAAUUACACUAUGCCUUUCAGACUGAAGGGAAACUUUAUCUAAUCUUAGAUUUCCUCAGAGGAGGGGAUGUAUUUACACGCUUAUCCAAAGAGGUCAUGUUUACUGAGGAAGAUGUCAAGUUCUACCUCGCAGAAUUGGCCCUUGCUUUGGAUCACCUGCACAGCUUGGGAAUAGUGUACAGAGAUCUAAAGCCAGAAAACAUUUUACUUGAUGAAGGAGGACAUAUCAAGUUAACAGAUUUUGGGCUAAGUAAAGAAUCAGUUGACCAAGAAAAGAAGGCAUACUCAUUUUGUGGUACUGUGGAGUACAUGGCACCAGAAGUAGUAAACAGGAGAGGUCACACACAGAGUGCAGAUUGGUGGUCAUUUGGUGUGCUAAUGUUUGAGAUGCUGACUGGUACAUUACCUUUCCAAGGUAAAGAUCGGAAUGAUACAAUGAACAUGAUACUCAAAGCUAAAUUAGGAAUGCCUCAGUUUCUUAGUCCAGAAGCUCAAAGUCUUCUCAGAACACUAUUCAAGCGAAAUCCUGGGAAUCGAUUAGGAGCUGGCCCUGAUGGAGUUGAAGAGAUCAAAAGGCAUCCAUUCUUUGCCACCAUUGACUGGAAUAAACUGGUCAGAAAAGAAAUCCAGCCUCCAUUUAAACCUGCUUCUGGUAAGCCAGAAGAUACUUUCUGCUUUGAUCCUGAAUUUACAGCUAAAACACCAAAAGAUUCACCUGGUAUUCCACCAAGUGCUAAUGCACAUCAGCUGUUCAGAGGGUUUAGUUUUGUUGCAACUAAUUCAAUGGAAGUAGGGCAAAGCACCCCUCUCGCGAUAGUACAACCUAUAGUGCAGCUGCAUGGCACCAGCAUUCAGUUUAAUGAUGGAUACGAGCUCAAAGAAGAUAUUGGAGUUGGCUCCUACUCAAUCUGCAAGCGUUGUAUACAUAGAGUUACGAACAUGGAGUUUGCUGUUAAGAUAAUUGAUAAGAGCAAACGAGAUCCUUCUGAGGAGAUUGAAAUACUAAUGCGCUAUGGACAGCAUCCAAACAUCAUUACUUUGAAAGAUGUAUAUGAUGAUGGCCGGUAUGUUUACCUUGUCACUGAACUAUUGAAAGGAGGUGAACUACUUGAUAGACUCCUUCGACAGAAAUUCUUUUCAGAACGAGAAGCCAGUGCUGUACUCUUCACAAUAACAAAAACCGUGGACUACCUUCACUGCCAAGGAGUUGUGCAUAGGGAUUUAAAGCCAAGUAACAUUCUGUACAUGGAUGAAUCUGGUGACCCUGAAUGCAUUCGAAUAUGUGACUUUGGGUUUGCUAAACAACUGCGUGGUGAGAAUGGCUUACUUAUGACACCGUGUUAUACAGCCAACUUUGUGGCUCCUGAGGUUCUUAUGCGAGGGGGUUAUGAUGCUGCAUGUGAUAUCUGGAGCCUUGGAGUCCUUCUAUACACCAUGCUGGCUGGUUAUACUCCUUUUGCCAAUGGACCAAAUGAUACUGCAGAAGAAAUUUUAUUACGGAUAGGAAGUGGUAAAUUCUCACUGAGUGGAGGCAACUGGGAUACAGUUUCAGAUGCAGCUAAGGAUGUACUGUCCAAUAUGCUUCAUGUUGAUCCCCAUCAAAGAUUCACUGCUGAGCAGGUGCUCAAGCAUCCUUGGAUUGCUUGCCGGGAUCAGCUGCCACAUUUCCAAUUAAAUCGUCAGGAUGCUCCUCAUCUAGUAAAAGGAGCCAUGGCUGCUACAUAUUCUGCCCUCAACCAGAAGACCCUUCGUCCAGUGUUGGAACCAGUUGCAGCUUCAAGUUUAGCCCAGCGCAGAGUUAUGAAAAAACUUACCUCAACAGACUUAUGAAUUAUGUUGGAACCAAUAAUGUAUGGCUCUUUCAAUUCAUUUGAAUGGCUGCAAGCUCCUGGAGGAUGCACAAACCUAGAGUUUUUGCUUUUCCUUUUUUUGACAUUGGGGAUUGGGAGAUUGGAUACCAAAUCAGGACAUGAAAAAUUGGGUUGAUGAAAAGAUGCAAUGAUGUGAUUAUAUCAAUUACAAAAGAGUUAUGGAAUAUAAUUCAUUGCACUCACAUUGCAGUUUUGAAAAGGGCAUAAAAAUUUUAAACAGGACAGCAACGAGAUCAGAGUAAGAAAGUGGGUCGCUGGUGGCCUAUAUUCAAAGCUAUUUUGCUUUUGUGAUCUUGUUCUAAGAUAUUGUUUAAUUAAACUUUCUAUUUUAUUUAUUUACUUUCAUUUUCAAGAAAUACAGUGCUUUCAGAUAAAGUUUUAUUUUGAAGUCAAUUUAUAUAUUGUCAUUAAAAUGUCACAUUGCACAACACUAUUCUGGAUUGAAUUGAUGUUGUCCAACAGCCUUAAAGUUAUUCCUUAACAAAUGUUAUUUAUUUAGUUUUCCAUUUUCUCAGAAAUUGGAAAUAUGUGAAGACUUUCCAAGAGAAACACUUGUUAAUAUUUUACUUUUGUUAUUGAAAUCUUUAAAAUUGUUUAGGGAACACACAGCAAUUGCACUAAGGCAAUAGAUAAAAGUAGCAUUUUAGUGUUGAUGUACUUUAUCUUCAUUAACCCCGUAAUAGUUUAAUUUUUCUGUUUUGUGUGUUUUAUGAAAUGGAAAGUAAUUGAUACAAUGAACUGAAGCUGCCUUUGUCUUUCUCAGAAUUAGCCACUUGCAUAUCCGAGAACACUAUCUGUAUUUGAUUGGAUUUUAAUUUCAGCUCUAGCAAAAUAGGAAACUACAACUAAGAUGAGACAUUUUAAUUGCUUCACUUUUUUAAAUACAUAGUCUUCCAUUUAUGAAGAUCAUACACAAUUUUUUGUCAAUUACUGUUAUUCGUGGCAUAUUUGAUUUAUCAAAUUUAUCUUUUUCUCUGUGUAAUCCAAUAAUGGUUAGACAAUUGACAGAUACAAUGUGCCCAAAAUAUCUCUGAGGGAGAUCAUUGCAAUUUUUUUUUAUAAGUUCUUUUAAAUUUGCACAUAAUGUAGGUGAAUUUAGGAUUUAGAAGUAGGCACAUUAGUGAUUGCAAGCUGAAUAACACAUGCUAAGUUUUGAUGCAAUUUUAAAAUUUAGCUUUGUUAUAAUGUUUACUGCAGAAAUAACCUGCUUUAACAUUACUUCUACUGCAUCUUUAAUGUAUUAACAAGUCCCAAGGAGUUUCACAUUGGUAGUUUUGAAUGCAAUUUGGUGAGGAGUAAGUCAAGCUUUUAGAGCAGGUGACCAAAAGUCUGGCAAGUAAGUAGUUUCUUAAGGAGCAUUUUAAGGGAAGAAAGAUGAGAAAAUGUAGAAAUGACUUUUCAGAGUUUGAGACCUUUGCAGCCAAAGAACAAAAUUACUAGUAGCAGAGCGAUUAAAUUGGAGAAUAAUCAAGAAUGAAAUUUCUGGUUGUGGUUAAAAGCUGAGAUUAAAACUUUGUUAAAGAUGAAAGCCAUAUCUUCAA